AUGGUUGUUCAAUCACUUGAUGUAAGUAAAUAUUCAUUCCGACCUCGAGAAGGGGGUGAAGAGAUUCUUGAUCCCGAAGUACCAUAUCUCAGUGCUAUUGGUGUACUUAUGUACCUCGCUAAUGCUACAAGGCCGGAUAUAGCAUUUACUGUUAAUUUAGUAGCGAGGUAUAGUUUUUCCCCUACGCGAAGAUACUGGAACAGAGUUAAGCAUAUAUUGAGGUACCUAAAAGUUACUAUUGAUAUGGGUCUGUUUUAUACUAACAAAGCUAGUCCAGAUCUUGUUGGUUAUGUAGAUGCAGGUUAUUUAUAUGAACCACAUAAAGCACAAUCCCAGACAGGCUAUGUGUUUACAUAUGGAGGUACUGCAAUAGCAUGGCGAUUGACAAAGCAGUUCAUCGUUGCUACUUCUUCUAAUCAUGCUGAGUUAAUAGCAAUCCAUGAAGCAAGUAGAGAAUGCAUAUGGCUGAGAUCAGUAGUACAUCCCAUCAAAGAGAGAUUUGGCCUAAAGUUUGAUAUCAAGGUACCUACAGACAUAUUUGAAAUCAGUGCAGCAUGCAUAGCUCAUCUAAAAGAAGACUUUAUAAAGGGAGAUAGAACGAAGCACAUUUCACCCAAGUUAUUCUUCACGCACGACCUUCAGAAGAAUGGUGAUAUUGAUGUGUAA